UUUAGCCAUUAUUUAUGUAGUUGUAAACAAAAAGAGCGCGAUUUAUGACAAAAUCGCCGUUAAAUAUAAUAAAAUGCACAUUAAGCAGAUUAUUAUACAGGGCUUUAAAAGUUACAAAGACCAGACGGUGGUGGAACCAUUCGACAAGCGUCACAAUGUAGUAGUGGGCCGCAAUGGUUCUGGCAAAAGUAAUUUUUUCUAUGCCAUCCAGUUUGUGCUCAGCGAUGAAUUUACACAUUUACGACCAGAGCAGCGUCAGGCUCUUCUUCAUGAGGGUACAGGCGCGCGUGUUAUAUCCGCUUAUGUGGAAAUAAUUUUCGACAAUUCGGAUAACCGUGUACCUAUUGAUAAGGAGGAAAUCUAUUUGCGCCGCGUCAUUGGGGCCAAAAAGGAUCAGUAUUUUCUGAACAAGAAGGUUGUGCCACGCAAUGAAGUUGUCAAUCUUUUGGAAUCUGCAGGAUUCUCAAGUUCGAAUCCCUAUUAUAUUGUGAAGCAGGGUAAAAUCAAUCAGAUGGCAACAGCUGCCGACUCGUAUCGCUUAAAGCUGCUGCGUGAGGUGGCAGGUACGCGUGUCUAUGACGAACGCAAAGAGGAAUCUUUGAACUUGUUACGCGAAACAGAUGGAAAGGUGGAAAAGAUUUGCGAGUAUCUCAAGACCAUCGAAGACAGGUUACAAACGUUGGAAGAAGAAAAGGAGGAAUUGAAGGAAUAUCAAAAGUGGGACAAAACACGUCGUACCUUGGAGUAUAUUCGUUACGAGACCGAGCUAAAGGAUACGCGACGAGCUUUAGACGAAUUACUAUUGCAGCGUAAAUCCUCGUCAGAUAAAAAGAAAAUCUACAGCAUUGAAAUACAAAAGGCGCAGGAAAAAAUCAAAGAUGUGCAAAAGAAUUUGAAAGAAGCUAAGAAAAAAGUUAUGACCACCAAGGAGGAGCGUUCCGUGCUUAUGACGGAACAGCAGCAAUUGCUGCGUGAGAAAACGAAAUUGGAUUUGACCAUAGUGGACUUGAAUGACGAGGUGCAGGGCGACAACAAGUCGAAAGAACGUGCCGAUCAGGAACUCAAGAAGCUGAAAGUCACCAUAGCCGAAAAGGAGAAGGAACUGGAUGAUGUGAAGCCCAGAUAUGAGGCUAUGAAACGCAAAGAAGAAGAUUGUUCCCGUGAGCUUGCACUUAAAGAGCAAAAGCGUAAGGAACUGUAUGCCAAACAGGGUCGGGGCUCACAGUUCUCCUCCCGUGAGGAUCGCGACAAAUGGAUCCACAACGAGCUGAAAUCCCUGAGCAAGCAGAUAAAGGACAAAAUCAAUCAUCAUGCCAAACUUGUCGAGGACCUCAAAAAAGACGCGAACUCGGAGAAGGACCUGGGAACAAAAAUUGAAGAGCACUCUUCUGAACUGGAGUCUCUACGUAGUGAAAUUGACGGGCACAACAAAUACUACUAUGAGCUUAAGAAGAAGAAAGACCAACACCAAUCAAUGCGUAACGAGCUGUGGCGCAAGGAGACACAGAUGACGCAACAGCUGCAAACUCAAAAAGAGGAACUAUCGCGCGCAGACCAAGCCCUGCGGAGCAUGGCGGGAAAACCAAUUCUUAACGGAUGCGAUUCCGUACGCAAGGUACUGGAUAGUUUCUUAGAACGUGGUGGCCAGUCGGCGGAAAUAGCACGCGCCUACUACGGCCCUGUCAUCGAGAACUUCAGUUGCGACAAGACCAUCUAUACGGCCGUUGAGGUAACAGCAGCUAACAGACUGUUUCAUCACAUCGUUGAGUCAGAAUACGAGGGCACACAAAUUCUCAAGGAGAUGAACAAACUGAAGUUGCCAGGAGAGGUGACCUUUAUGCCGCUGAAUCGUUUGCAGGUAAAGAUUCAUGAAUACCCCGACGAUCCGGACUCCAUACCCAUGAUCUUAAAACUAAAGUACGACGAACAGCACGACAAGGCAUUAAGGUACAUAUUUGGCAAAACGCUUAUCUGCCGUAAUCUUGAGCGUGCCACAGAGCUGGCAAAAAGCACAGGCCUUGACUGUGUGACAUUGGACGGAGAUCAGGUGUCGUCAAAGGGCUCACUUACUGGCGGCUAUUUCAAUACGUCACGAUCGCGCCUAGAAAUGCAAAAGAAACGCACGGAGUACACACAACAGAUCACCGACUUCGAAAGUAAGCUGAGCAAACUGCGUAAUGAGCUCAAGUCCACAGAGAGCAGCAUUAACAAGGAUGUCUCGGACAUGCAAAAAACAGAGACGAAACAAGGGAAGUCAAAGGAUGCAUUUGAGAAGGUCCAGGGUGAGAUACGAUUGAUGAAAGAGGAACUGAUGCGAAUCGAGAAGUACAGGGCACCCAAGGAGCGCUCACUGGCUCAGUGCAAAGCUUCGCUAGAGGCGAUGAACAGCACCAAGUCCAGCCUCGAGGCUGAGCUUAAACAGGAGCUAAUGUCGACGCUUUCGUCACAGGAUCAGCGUGAGAUCGAUCAAUUGAACGACGACAUUCGUCGCCUUAACCAGGAGAACAAAGAGGCGUUCACCCAACGUAUGCAGCUAGAGGUGGUCAAGAACAAGUUGGACAAUCUACUGACCAAUAAUCUGUUUCGAAGACGAGAUGAGCUUAUACAGGCGCUACAAGAGAUCUCCGUGGAAGAUCGCAAGCGUAAGCUUAAUAACUGUAAGACCGAGUUGGUCUCCACAGAGAAGCGCAUCAAGAAGGUGAAUACGGACCUUGAGGAAAUCGAAAAGCGCGUAAACGAGGCCGUCCAGCUUCAAAAAGAGCUGCAACAAGAACUGGAAACGCACGUGCGCAAAGAGAAGGAGGCUGAAGAGAACAUCAACAAGGACUCCAAGCAGGUAGAAAAGUGGACGACAAAGGAAAAUAUGCUAAAUCAAAAGAUCGACGAGUGCACCGAAAAAAUUGCCAGCCUUGGCGCAUUGCCCCAAGUAGAUGCGGCAUAUAGUCGCAUGUCGCUAAAGAAUAUUUUCAAGGAGCUGGAGAAGGCCAACCAACAUCUGAAGAAAUAUAAUCAUGUGAAUAAAAAGGCUCUCGAUCAGUUUCUCAGCUUUUCAGAGCAGAAGGAAAAACUAUACCGCCGCAAAGAAGAGCUGGACGUAGGCGGUCAGAAGAUUCAAGUGCUCAUCCAUUCACUGGAGAUGCAAAAGGUUGAAGCUAUUCAGUUCACCUUCCGACAAGUGGCAACAAAUUUCAAUAAGGUGUUCAAGAAACUUGUCCCCCAAGGUGCCGGCUUCCUAAUCCUCCGAACUAAAGACAAUGAUGGCGAGCAAAUGGAGAAAGAGGUGGCAAACUCGGAUGCAUUCACAGGCAUUGGCAUACGCGUCUCAUUCACAGGCGUCGAUGCGGAGAUGCGUGAAAUGAAUCAGUUAUCGGGUGGCCAAAAAUCACUUGUGGCGCUGGCGCUAAUCUUCUCCAUUCAAAAGUGCGAUCCCGCACCGUUCUAUUUAUUUGACGAGAUUGAUCAGGCACUAGAUGCGAUGCAUCGCAAAGCUGUGGCCGACAUGAUUCACGAGCUAAGCGAUACGGCUCAGUUUAUUACAACCACCUUCAGACCUGAGCUGUUAGAGAACGCGCACAAGUUCUAUGGUGUACGGUUCCGGAACAAAGUCAGCCACAUCGAUUGUGUUACGAGGGAGCAGGCCAAGGACUUUGUGGAAGAUGAUAACACACAUGCUUAAGACACAAAAUCAAGCCUUUCAUAGCAUUUGGCUUCACAUUUUCCUUAAGCCCAGAUUUUUAUUUUUCUAUUUCUAUUAUCUUUUCAUUGAACAUGGCUUUCAAAUUCUAUAAUUAUUGUCCUUCCCUUCUUUCUUAGAGUUAGUUAAUUUUUAUAGCUAUUUUUUAAAUAGUUUAAUUUCAAAUUUGCUUAUCUCAUUUCACAGUUGUUCUAAUUUCCUGGACACUGAACAAGGCUUUCAAAUUUUGUCAUAAAAGAGAUUAUAAUAAUUUUUCCUUAAUUAUAAAUAUUAUUUUCUACCUUUCCUUUUUUCAUAUUUUCUUUUUUUUUGCGUAGGCCUCAUUCA